AUGAUGCCUAAUAACGCGGUGCAUUACCCUCACGUACAUUACCAGCAGGAAGAGCUCAAGCAUCCUCAGCAAUCGUACAACUAUCGAGCUAUUCAUGAAAAGGUGGAGAAUGUUGCCCGAAGCUCUGCUUUCCUGAGCCGCUCCCCUCAGGUUGACAACAUCCCAUGCUUUGAUCGUUGCGAAAUCGAAGUGGGGCAUCACCUUCUAGGACAAGGUGCAUUCUCUCAGGUCUUUCCUGUAACUAGAGUUGCUUUGAACCCAGACAACAACCAUUCAUCACAAUCUGCUGCCAGGCGCUGUCUCGCCGAACAAAUAGCGGGACAAGGGCGCUCCCAAUAUGCCCUGAAGCAUCUACGAGGAGACUUAGUUGGAGUCAAAGAUGACUUUGAAAGUGCUGCUAUUGACUUAUGCAUUGAAGUGAAGUUCUUGACUCGCCUGAACCAUCCAAACAUCAUCAAAUGCCGGGGACUUGCACGAGGGUGGACAAGUGCAUUUGGUGAGCGUCAUGAUGGAUUCUUCAUCAUUAUGGAUCGAGUAGAACCUCUUGAUCAUCGCAUUCAUCGAUGGAGAGAUCGUCUCUACCGAUACCCUGAGUGUCGUCAAGUGAGCAUUUCAAGACGGAUCAACUACGCUUCCCAGGUUGCGGAUGCAAUCAGCUACCUCCAUGACCAACGCAUCAUCUUCAGAGAUCUCAAGCCUUCCAACAUAGGGUUCCGAGCAGAUGAUAUUGAAGCUAAUGGCUCUGUUGAUAAACUGGAGGUUAGAAACAAUUAUGGGAGCCAUUGGCUGAGCAGGGAGUGUCCCCCAAUAGCUGUUAUAGCUGUUGGAGGCUCUGCUGGAUCUACAUCUAAUUGUGGGUCCUGCAAGCCAGGGGACCAUCUAACAGUCUUGGUGUGGAGAUCUGAGUCACAGUUGCGCUGUGACUUCAAUACACCCUCGCACGACAAGGCUGUGGAUUCUGGUUUGUUGGCUUGGUUGGGAUAG